CGGCAUCCUUCGUCGGUUUUCUCCGUGUUCAAAACGGCCAUCGCCAUGACGCCGAUCUUCUCCUAUUUCCUGUUCCUGUUCCUUUUCCCGGCCCUGCAGAUUCACGCCUUCCGGUUCGCCCAGAUCCCCCUGGCUGCCUCCACCGAGCCGUUGGACGAGUGGCUGGCGCGGCAGAUCCCGUAUGCUCUGGACGGCGUCCUGAACAAUCUCGGCGCUGAUGGGGCCAAAUCGAUCGGAGCGAACCCGGGCUCCGUCGUAGCGAGUCCUAGCAAGACAGAUCCGGACUACUUCUUCACAUGGACUCGCGAUGCCGCUCUGACGGUCCGCUGUCUCGUCGAUAUCGCCCUCUCGACGGACGAUGCCACAGCUCACACCGCAGUGCAGCAGUACAUCUCCUUCCAGGCGCAGCUGCAGUCGGUCGCCAAUCCAUCCGGCCGUCUCGACACUGGAGGGCUCGGCGAGCCCAAGUUCCAUGUCGACGGGGCGGCCUUCACGGGCGAUUGGGGUCGACCGCAGAGAGACGGGCCGGCGCUGCGAGCUGUCACUUUCAUCACCUACGCAAACUGGCUGAUUGAUCACAACCACUCCUCCGUCGCCGAGUCCCUCUGGCCCAUCAUCCGCAACGAUCUCUCCUACGUCUCCGAGUCCUGGAACUCCUCCACCUUCGACCUCUGGGAAGAAACCCUCGGCUCAUCUUUCUUCACCACCGCCGUCCAACACUCCUCCCUCACCCUCGGCUCAUCCCUCGCCUCCCGCCUCAACACCUCCUGUCCCAACUGCCUCUCCCAAGCCCCCCAGCUGCUCUGCUUUCUCCAAUCCUUCUGGUCCCAGGACUCCUCCUAUAUCGUCGCCAACCACCAUGCCCCCUCCCGCUCCGGCAAGGACGUCAACUCCAUCCUCGCCACCAUCCACACCUUCGACCCCCGCGCCACCGACUGCAGCGAUCUGACCUUUCAGCCUUGCUCGGCCCGUGCCCUGGCCAACCAUAAAGUCGUCGCGGACUCAUUUCGCUCCCUGUAUCCCAUCAACCGAGACGUCCCUACCAAUCAGCCGGUCGCGCUGGGCCGCUACCCCGAAGAUGUGUACAUGGGCGGGCAGCCGUGGUAUUUGACGACGCUGGCUGCGGCGGAGCAGCUGUAUCGCGCUGUAGAGCAGUGGAGGAGGUUUGGAGAGGUUGCGGUGACGGAUCUCAGCCUGAGUUUCUUUCGUGAUGUGUACGGUAGCGUGGAGGUAGGUGUAUAUAGGAAGGGCGAGGAUGUAUAUGAAGGGAUUCUACAUGCGGUGAUGAACUAUGCAGAUGGGUAUUUGCGCGUCGUGCAAAAAUACACUCCCCCCAACGGCGCCCUCGCCGAGCAAUUCUCCCGGCACUCGGGCCUCCCCGUCUCAGCGCGCGAUCUCACCUGGUCCUACGCUGCCCUGCUAGCCGCCUCGCGCGCCCGGAACGCAUCCUCCGCUGUCCAAGGCCCAGUCCCAGCCCCAUCUCUAGAUCUAUAUUCAGACCUCACAAACCCUCCCACCCCAUCCCUUCCCCCUCAAUGCCGUCCCUCCUCCGCACGAGGCCCCUACUCCACCCCUCCAACAAACAUCCCCUUCCCCCUCCCUCCCUCAUGCACCAACCUCCAACCAGUGCCAAUCACGAUGCGGUUCAGCGUCCUCGCUCGCACCGUCCCAGGGGAAUACAUCUACCUGGUGGGAUCGAUCCCGGCGCUGGGCGAGUGGGACGUGAACCUGGGGUUGAGGAUGGAUGCGAGUGAGUAUGGCAGCGACGCGCCGGUUUGGUUUGUGUUGGUGGAGGGGCUUCAGGGCGGGGUGGAGUUCGAGUAUAAGUUCUUCAGGCGCGGUGAGGAUGGACGGGGGAGAGUGGUUUGGGAGGAGGGAUUGAAUAGGGAGGGUGUUGUUAGGGAUGCGGUGGGUGGUGUUGGUGGGUGUGGGUUGGGGAGGGUGAGUGAUGUUUGGAGGUAG